CUAAAUUCAUUCGCAAUGAACAAUCAAAAACUUGUUUACAAUAUGCAAGCAAUUCAACCCAAAGUUGCACAUCUAUAAUUCUUACAAGUUGUCCUGUUGAUCGAUUUGGUGAAAUUUCUGAUUUAACAAAAUGGAAUCUUAUUUCAACAAAUCCAUCUCAGCCAUUAUCAAAUUCGACUGAAAUUUUCAUUGAAUCCUUAGAUAACAAAUUAUGCCUUACCACCAAAGCCAAUUCUGCUGUGCAAGCUUGUCCUUGUGAUAAUGGGGUCACUCAAAAAUGGAAACUGAAUAGUGAUGAUACUUUCACGAGCAGCUCAAAUAAUGGAAAAUGUUUAACAAUGUUAGCUGAUAAUUUAGGCUUGGAUACUUGUCAAAAUAAUUCUACACCUAUGUCAUGGAAAACUUAUAAUGUUGCUCCUAAUGCUGUUAACAUUUAUAUUAAUCCAUUAUUUAGUGGAAAUACUACCCAAUUAGUUGUAGAUCAAUAUACAUCGAAAACUCUCCCAACAAGCAUUUUCAAAUCACCAUUUUCACUUGAGAUUCCACCCGGUUUUCUAUUUGAGAUUGAUUCGGGAAAAAGCGAUCCCAUAAUUUAUGAUUCUGAUAUUGCUCAAGCUGAUCCUAUAAAAUCAUUAACUUCCACAAUAAUUGUCAAGUUAAAGUCUGGAGUGGUUAUUUAUGAACAACCUGCAUAUUUUGGUAACAGUGAGUUUUUUGAAGUUGGUGCUUCAGAAACAACUACUCAAACAAAAGCUAUCAUGAUUGGUUCGGUUAUGGUACCUGAUGGUUUUCGUG